UUUACACUAUAUGUAAUGACUUUAGGUAUCCAAGAUGGGACACACCUUACUGCUUUUCUUCAACAAGAUGCGAUCCCAUUGGCCAAUGAUGUUAAUCCAUUUGGCCUCCCUCUGCCUGACCAACUCAGGGGGUGGACCCACACUCCUGACACAAAACAGCACACCAAACGCCAGAUGUGUGCUGCAUUGAGUCUGCGUGUGCUUCACUGCUACUCAAAGCCAGGCACGUACGGAUAUGGACAUGGUCUCAUCCGCUCAUUCAGCCUGGGCGUGCAGAGAGAGGGCUAUAAGUAUGUAAAUGCUCAAGAGCAGCCUACAGACCUGAGGUCCAUCACUGACCAGGCCGCCACGACCCUUCUUUGGACCGAGCUUUUUAGAGGUUUGGCGAUGACCAUGAGUUACCUGUUUCGUGAACCUGCCACCAUUAACUACCCAUUUGAGAAGGGCCCCCUGUCACCCCGCUUUCGUGGAGAACACGCCCUCCGCCGCUACCCUAAUGGAGAGGAGCGCUGCAUUGCCUGUAAGCUGUGUGAGGCCAUCUGCCCUGCUCAGGCCAUUACCAUUGAAGCUGAGACACGAGCUGAUGGCAGCAGAAGAACUACACGCUAUGACAUUGAUAUGACCAAAUGUAUCUACUGUGGCUUCUGCCAGGAAGCCUGUCCUGUUGAUGCCAUUGUUGAGGGUCCAAACUUUGAGUUCUCCACUGAAACCCAUGAGGAGCUACUGUACAACAAAGAGAAGCUGCUCAACAAUGGAGACCGAUGGGAGGCUGAGAUAGCAGCCAAUAUAAAGGCAGACUACCUUUAUAGAUAAACUCACUGUUCUGACAGCAUCCGUACACUGCUUGCUAAGAUGUGUCAUACAUGAUAUGUUAUUAUCCUCCGGUGCAAUAAAGAGAUUAUUUGUAGCUUUACAUGCAUUCCAGUGAGUUUCAUAUGCGCAGUGAGACCUUGCAGCCUUAGAUUCUGUUUUUUUGUGGUUAGAAAAAACAUAACAAACGCACAAAUCAUAUAUCUUGUGUUGAAAAGUUGGAUGAUAUUGCACUUUGAUGAUGUUGACUGUAUAAUCUCUAACCCAUGUAUUCUAUGCAGUCUGUGAUAUAUUAUGUUCUGCUGCAUUUAAAAAGCAUGUUUUAUCUGAUGUAACAGCCUGAAAGAGUAUGUUUAUGUAAUGCUGCUAAUGCUAAAGUUGAAACUAUUCGAGAUACUGAAAUAAACCAACUGACAAUAAA